AUGGAUGUGGCCACCAGUCCACUCACUAAGUCGGAGUGCUUUGAAUGCGAUUGGAUGAGCGUUGAAUGAGAAUUUGAUUCAUUUUGAUGCUAUGGCUGGGCCCCUCUGUGUGUCAGUGUUACUGAUGGAAAGAGACAGACAGGCAGCGAGCCUCUAUUCAACACCACCAUAGACAUUAGCAUAUCUCACAGAGGGUAACCAAACGACCUAGCCACCUGUAGCUGUUGUAGCCUGCCUGACUCAAUCACAGGACCCAUACACACAGACACACACACACACACAGAGAGAGAGUGUGGUGGCAGUGAAAGGUUUGUGCGCUACAUUGAGUUGGUGGCACCUUACUUGGAGAAGACAGGCUCGUGGUAAUGGCUGGAGCGGAAUAAGUGGUAUUGUAUCAAAGACAUCAUUUUUUAUACCAUUCCAUUCGCUCCGUUACAGCCAUUAUUAUAAGCCGUCCUCUCCUCAACAGCCUCCUGUGGUGUGUGUGUGUGUGUGUGUGUGUUAGAGAGAGAGAGAGAGAGAGAGAGAGAGAGAGAGAGAGAGAGAGAGAGAGAGAGAGAGAGAGAGAGAGAGAGAGAACGAGAGAGAGUUUUAUAUUAUCAGCUAUCAGUGUUUUAGCAAUGUGCAAAUAGUUGUAGUACGAAUAGUGGGGGAAGAUAAAUUAACAGAUAAAUAUUGGUGGUAUUUACAAUGUUGUUUGUGCUCAACUGGUUGCCCUUUUCUCAUGGCAACGGGCCACAAAUCUUGCUGCUGUGAUUGAACAUUGAGGUAUUUCGCCUAACAGAUAAGGGAGUUUAUCAAUGUUAGAUUUGUUUUCAAAUUCUUUGUCUGUGUGAUCUGUGGUAAAGAUGUAUCACUAAUGUGGUCAUACAUUUGGCAGAAGGUUAGGAAGUGCAGCUCAGUUUGCACUUCAUUUUGUGGACAGAGGGCACAUAUCUAGUCUUCUCUUGAAAUCCAGGUCUGCCUAUGUCGACCUCUCUCAAUAGCAAGUCUAUGCUUACUGAGUCUGUACAUAGCAGUGGUGGAAAAAGUUCCCAAUUGUCAUACUUGAGUAAAAGUAUAGAUACCUUAUUAGAAAGUUACUCAAGUAAAAGUAAAAGUCACCCAGUAAAAUACUACUUGAGUAAAAGUCUAAAAGUAUUUGGUUCUAAAUAUACUUAAGUAUCAAAAGUAAAUGUAAUUGCUAAAAUAUGCUGAAGUAUCAAAAGUAAAAGUAAAAGUAUAAAUCAUUUCAAAUUCCUUCUAUGAAGCGAAGCAGGCUGCACCAUUUUCUUGUUUUAAACAUUUAUGGAUAGCCAGGGACACACUCCAACACUCAGACAUCAUUUACAAAAGAUGCAUUUGUGUUUAGUGAGUCUGCCAGAUCAGAGGCAGAAGGGAUGACCAUUUGUUGUCUUGAUAAGUGCAUGAAUUUGACCAUUUUCCUGUCUUGCUAAGCAUUCAGAAGUCCUUUUGGGUGUCAGGUAAAAUGUAUGAAGUAAAAAGUACAAUAUUUUCUUUAGAAAUGUAGUGAAGUAAAAGUAAAAGUUGUCAAAAAUAGAAAUAGUAAAGUAAAGUACAGAUACUACAAAAAACUACUUAAGUAGUACUUUAAAGUAUUUUUACUUAAGUACUUUACAUCACUGGUACGUAGUCUUAAUUUUGAGUCAGUCAAUGUGAUCAGGUAUUCUGCCACUGUGUCCUCUCUGUUAAGGGCCAGAUAGCAUUCCAAUUUGCUCUGUUUUUUGGUUGAGUCUUUCCAUUGUGCCAUAUAGUUAUCUUUCUGUUUUCUCAUGAUGUGGUUUGGGUCUAAUUGUGUUGCUGUCCUGGGGCUCUGUGGGGUCUGUUGGUGUUUGUGAACAGAACCCCUGAACCAGCUGGCUGAGGGGACUCUUCUCUAUGUUCAACUCUCUGUAGGUGAGGACUUUGUGUUGCAAUGUGUGGAUAUCACUUCCUUUUAGAUGGUUGUAGAAUUUAACAGCUCUUUUCUGGAUUUUGAUAACUAGCGGGUAUUGUCCUAAUUCUGCUCUGCAUGCAUUGUUUGGGGUUUGCGUUGGACACAAAGUAUAUUUUUGUUGAAUUCUGCAUGCAGAGUCUCAAUUGGGUGUUUGUCCCAUUUUGUGAAUUCUUGAUUGGUGAGUUGACUCCAGGCCUGACAACCAUAGAGGGCAAUGGGUUCUAUAACUGAUUGAGGUAUUUUUUGCCAGAUCCUAAUUGGGAUGUCCAGUUUUAUGUUCCUUUUGAUGGCAUAGAAGGCCCUUCUUGCCUUGUCUCUUAGAUCGUUCACAGUCUUGUGGAAGUUACCUGUGGUGUUGAUGUUUAGACCGAAGUAGGUAUAAUUAUUUGUGUGCUCUAGGGCAACAGAGUUGAGAUAGAAUUUGUAUUUUUUGUCCUGGCAACUGGACCUUUUUUGGAACACCAUUAUUUUUGUCUUACUGAGAUUUACUGUUAGGGCCCAAGUCUGACAGAAUCUGUGCAGAAGAUCUAUGUGCUGCUGCAGGCCCUCUUUGGUUGAGGACAGCACCAGAUCAUCAGCAAACAGUAGACAUUUGUACAGUAAGCAUUGUUGUUCACUAGUUUACUCCAAGUAGGGAAAGGGUGGCGGGGUUGGAAAGUAAUAAAGGGGAAUAUAUAUAUAUUUUUUUUUAAGGAUAUGUAUGUAUAUAUAUAUGUAUGUAUGUAUGUAUGUAUGUAUGUAUGUGGGUAUGUGUGUGUGUGUGUGUAUGUGUGUAUAUGUGUAAAAAAAUUAAUAUAUAAUAACAAUAAUAAUAAUAAUAAUAAUAAUAAUAAAACAGUAGACAUUUCAUUUCCGAGUCCAGUAGGGUGAGGACGGGUGCUCCAGACUGUUUUGGUGACCUUGCCAAUUCAUUGAUAUAAAUGUUGAAGAGCGUGGGUCUCACCCUGCGGCCCUGAGGAAAGAAAUCUGUGUGUGUAUUGCCAAUUUGAACUGCACAUUUGUUUUUUGUGUGUAUUGCUUUUACAAUGUAAUAUGUUUUUCUCCCAAUUCUGCUUUCCAUCAAUUUGUAUAGCAGACCUUCAUGCCAAAUUGAGUCAAAAUAUUUUUUAAACAAAGCAUGAGAAAACUUUGCUUUUGUUUUGUUUUAUUUAUUUGUCAAUAAGGGUGGGCAUGGUGUAUACGUGGUCUGUCGUACGGUAUUUUGGUAAGAAGCCAAAUUGACAUUUGCUCAGUACACUGAAGAAAUGUUGGAGAUUAUACUGCAGAGAUGAUUAUACUGCAGAGGAAUUGAAUUUGUAUAUUUUCUCAUUUUGUUUAUAAUACAUUUACAUUUACAUUUUAGUCAUUUAGCAGACGCUCUUAUCCAGAGCGACUUACAGUUAGUGAAUACAUAUUUUUUUUUAAUACCAUCAACACCACAGGCCUUUUGGGGUUGGAGGGUUUCUCUCUCUUCUAUCUCCUCUUCCUCUAGAUCUCUAUCAUCUCUCUCGCUAUAUAGGCUCCUCUCUCGCUCUCUCUAGAUGUCUCUCAAUAUCGUCGUCCUCGAUUGAGAUCGAAGAUCUUUUCUCCUCUCCUUCUCUCUCUAGCUCCUAUCUAUCGUCUCUCUAUCUCUCUCUAUCUCUCUUCUCUCUCUUCUCUCUCUCUCUCUCUCUCUCCCUCUCUGCCUGCCUCUCUCUGCCUCAGGGAGUGUCUACCAGAGAGGGUGAGGUGGGGGGGAAGAAUCUCUUCCCCCUCUCAGGACCUCCUCCUGGUCUUUGAUUGGCUGAGGUAGCGCUGUGUGGGGCCAGUGGGAGGCAGUCUGCUAGGAGGCCUGACAGCAUACAGGGAGAAACUAUCCCACUAGCUGGUAUACUGUAGCUGCUCCACACACACAGAGAGAGCAGGAGAGAGGUGGAGGUAGAGACAGAGGAAGAGACAGCUGUGGAGUGAGAUAGAGAGAACUGCAGGGAGAGAGCAAGAGAGAGAUAGAGUUAGAGUUUGACAGAGAGUUAGACAGAGGGAAAGGAGGCGCACACAGCACUCACCCUCCACUCACCCCUCGUCUUACCCUCGACCCUUGUCUCCCUUCUUACGACCACGUGAGACAGAGACACACAGCUCUACCAGCGCGGGGAGAAGAGGACUGGACACACACUAACACAAUCAUUUUCUCUCUGUUGAAAGAAGACAGGAAUACACACUUUCUUUUUGUUUUGUGUCUCCGCUUCUGCUCUCGUUCUUGGACAGGAAAAAGGAUUCUAGUUUGUUUCUUCAGCACAAAGAGUUUUCCUUUAUCCUCCAGAAGCCCUGAGUCACGUUGGACCUCCUUUCUUUCUCCCUCCGAGAGCUCAGAGCAACAUGGCACAGGGACAAAAGAACCACAGCCACAGCAGGCAGCAGCGGAGGGGACCCCUACUCACUAACCCCUUCUCCACCAUGGCACUAUCUCUCUCACUGUCCCUCCUCCUCCUCCUCCUCCUCCUCACCUCCCCCGCCUCGGCCGCCGACGAAUACGACUACUACAGCUGGCAAUCGGACAACUUCCACAACGGCCGCUUCUACACCAAGGAGCCGCAGUGCGUGGACAUCCCCGCCGAUUUACGCCUCUGCCACAACGUGGGCUACAAGAAGAUGCGCCUGCCCAACCUGCUGGACCACGAGACCAUGCCCGAGGUCAAACAGCAGGCAGGUAGCUGGGUGCCGCUUCUUGCCAAGCGGUGCCACGCGGAUACGCAGGUGUUCCUGUGUUCCCUGUUCGCCCCUGUGUGUCUGGACAGGCCCAUCUACCCGUGUCGUUCACUGUGUGAAGCCGUGAGAGACAGCUGUGCCCCCGUUAUGGAGACAUACGGGUUCCCCUGGCCGGAGAUGUUGACCUGCGAAAAGUUUCCUAUUGAUAAUGAUCUGUGUAUCCCCAUACAGUUUGCUGGGAACCAGGCCACACCGGCUCCAGGUAAGAUCACACACACCUUAUUCACAACCCUAUUUAGAGACCGUAUACUAA